AUGUGUGAAAGCCUGCUCUGCUCUGCUAGCUCUGCUAGCUCCGCUAGCGUCGCUCUUAAAGCGCCGCACCCACUGGACUGCGGUCGUGACGUCACGGAGUCUGUCACUGGUUCGCCAGCGAGCGAAGCGCCGCUGUUCUGGGCAGCGACACCCGGGGAAGCUCACCCCAACAGCUGAGCGCGACAUUGGCUACACGAGCUCCCUGUUGGAGUUGCGGCAAGUGUUGACAUGGCAGCCCAGUGUGUCACCAAGGUGGAGCUGACUGUGUCCUGCGAGAGUCUCCUGGACAAAGACAUCGGCUCCAAGUCGGACCCCCUGUGCGUCCUGCUCAUGAGCAGCUCGGACUCCAAGUGGUUCGAGCUGGGACGCACGGAGAAGGUCCAGAACUGCCUCAGCCCAAAGUUUGCCAAGAAGUUUGUCAUCGACUACUACUUUGAAAUAGUACAGAAACUGAAGUUUGGGGUUUAUGACAUCGACAACAAGACUGUCGACCUGAGUGACGACGACUUCCUGGGGGAACUGGAGUGCACCUUGGGCCAGGUUGUGUCCAGUAAAAAACUGACCCGACCGCUCAUCUUGAAAAACAAGUCUCCUGCAGGAAAAGGGACCAUCACAAUCAGUGCAGAAGAAAUAAAAGACAACAGGGUGGUGAAUUUCGAGGUGCAAGCAAGGAAACUAGAUAACAAGGAUUUCUUUGGGAAGUCCGACCCUUACCUGGAGUUCUACAAGCAGACACCAACUGGAUGGCAGCUGGCUCAUAGGACAGAGGUGGUGAAUAACAACUUGAAUCCAACAUGGAAACCGUUUCGAAUCCCCCUGCAGUCUCUCUGUGGAGGAGAAAUGGACAAACCGAUAAAGGUUGAGUGUUAUGAUUAUGAUGACGAUGGCUCUCAUGAUCUCAUUGGAACCUUUGAGACAACAAUGACACGCCUCCAAGAAGCAUCAUCGUCUUCGCCGGCAGAGUUUGAUUGUGUCAACAGUAAGAAGAAACAGAAGAAGAAAGGCUACAAGAACUCUGGGGUCGUGAGCGUGAAGCUUUGCAAGGUGGUGAAGGAGUAUACAUUCCUGGAUUAUAUCAUGGGAGGCUGUCAAAUAAACUUCACCGUGGCUAUCGACUUCACAGGCUCCAACGGGGAUCCCAAGUCUCCCCAGUCUCUGCACUACAUCAGUCCUCAGGGUGUAAAUGAGUACCUCUCUGCUAUCUGGUCUGUUGGCAACGUCAUCCAGGACUAUGACAGUGACAAGAUGUUUCCCGCCUUUGGCUUCGGAGCCCAGAUUCCUCCGACAUGGCAGGUUUCCCAUGAGUUUCCUCUCAAUUUCAAUCCGGCAAAUCCGCUUUGCAGAGGCGUUGAAGGGGUGGUGGAUGCCUACAGGGUAUGUCUGCCCCAGGUCAAACUGUACGGCCCCACCAACUUCUCCCCCAUCAUCAACCACGUGGCCUGCUUCGCUAAGCAGGCCCUGCAGCAGAGCACUGCAGCACAAUACUAUGUCCUGCUCAUCAUCACUGACGGAGUGAUCACAGACAUGGAUGACACCCGCAACGCCAUCGUCAAUGCCUCCCGUCUGCCCAUGUCAAUCAUCAUUAUUGGAGUAGGGGGGGCGGACUUCAGUGCCAUGGAGUUCCUGGAUGGAGACGAUGGACGCCUGCGCUCUCAGACUGGCGAGACCGCCAUGCGAGACAUCGUACAGUUUGUGCCAUUCAGGCAGUUCCAAAAUGCUCCCAGGGAAGCUCUGGCAAAGAGUGUGUUGGCUGAAGUUCCAGGUCAGCUGGUGGAGUUUUUCAGGAUCAUGAAGCAGAAUCCCGCCAUGUCCAAACCCGCACCAAACCCUUCGGUGACCAACUGACAAUACGGGGCGGAAACCAGAAACAGACUGGUGUCAUCACCAGUAUAAAUAAAUCAGAUCCCAGCUUCAUCUCAUUACGCAAUCAGAUCCCUAUUCCAAACUCACCUUUCAAAGUUCACCACCUUUUUAAAACGCAGUAUAGAUGCUUCAUAAACACUCCUCACUGCUGACCAGUCUCAGAAUAGAUCUAGCUGUUGUUUGAUGUUAACAUCCAUGUAUGUUCAUUAAAAAAAAGAAAAUAAAUGAAUUAUUAUCAUUAAAUCAUUCCAUCGUUUCAAACCGAUAAGGAGGGAAUCGCACGCUUAAAACUUGUAUGAAAGAUAAACCGUCUUCGGUGUCUCUUGCAUUUACUUAAACGAGACACUUUUUAUGAAAACUAUUGCAAACAAUCCACACCGGGUUGUAAACUACCCUGCUUUUUUAAAGCAUUUGAAGUGUGCCAUUUAUUUUUUAUACCUGUUUGGCUGCAGCAUCCAGUUAGAUUAGUUCUGUAAAAGGCUUUUACACACUAAGAUAACAAAGAUGAUCUUUAUAAUCGUAAAUAAAUGCAAGACAAAUUGAGACAAAAGUAGAUAGGUAAGUCACCCCCCCUCCCAUGCAUGUUUUCAUCCUGGAAGAAAAGGCUGCAGUUCUACUAGUAGCAUAUAUUUUUUACAUAUAUACAAAGAGGUUUGUAUUUGCAGCUGACUAGAGUACAUCCAAUGUAUUAGCUUAAAUGUCUGUUGAAUGUGCUUGCCUACAGUAUGCCAUAAUAACAUAAUAUACUACAAAGGUCUAGUAUUUGGUUAUUCUACUCAGUGAUAUGUUUGUUUGUUAUGUUCGUUUGUUGACUGUUCUGCCACUGUUCCAGUCAGACAGGCCUGUUUAAUUAUAAUCUAGUCAAGGUUUAAUCUCAGUUCGAUCAGUUUAUCAGGAACACAAAGCUAAAACUUGUUUACAAGGUGUUUCUUCACCUGUGUGACGUUUUUGGAGGAAGCUGCCUGAGUUGUAACAGUGUCAACACAAACUGAACAUGGAGACCGUCAUGAAGGAGGAUUUGUGACCUGUUUGAUCGGACUGUUUGUUUUAGCGGGGUGUUCCUAACAAACUGACAAGCGGAGUGUUUGUCAGUAUUACACAUGCUCUCCCUGUAGAAACUACAACUUGUUGGGAUAAUAACUCUAUUUCCAUUGUGAUGUUAAUUUUUUUUAAUGAUUUAUACCAUGAAAUCUUUAAAACAUGUAUUUGAUGUAUCAUGCUGUGUAUGGGCUGCUUAGUGCUGAACAGAAAUACAUCAUGUGCCUUAGUGUUAACAUCCAAAAAGUGCAAAUAAAGUACCUCUUAUUCAGCACAAA